CCCGCCUCGCCUCACGGCGGCCGAUAUUGUUCUGCACUUUUUAGGUGGCACUUGAACUCGCCCUGGGAGGGAGACCGGUCCGCAGUCUCCAGCCGCAGAUCCGUGGACCCUCUUCACGGACGCUUCGCGCAGCCUCAGAUUGCCUUGGAUGGUGGCCUGCGUCUGACAGUCCCAUCAGCUCUUCUCAGCGCUCCUGAGGCCACAGCUGUCAGCUCCUCUGACCCUCAGCACUUGCCUGGAACGCCUGGGUUUGCCACACCCCUUUUCAGCCCAUCUCUGUCCUGUUGUGUCAUGCCCACCCUCCCGCUGUGCUGUCUCUUCCUUUCUUCCUCCUUCCUCUUAUAGUCGAUGUGGCAACUCCCCUCUGUUCCCAGCAUGCCUCUUGGCCGGCGCCAUUGGCAGGGCCCUUGCAAUCCCAUCCGGGCAGCAGCCUAUUACACCAAUGCACACCCUUGGCAGCAGAUGGACCAGGUCUCUCCUGGGGUCACAUAUGCCCCCCUAGUGGAUCCCUGGAUUGAGCGGCCCUGCUAUGGGGACCCUGUGUGUGCACGCACGACCUUGGAGCAGAAGAACACGGCCAUUAGUGCUCCCGGCAGUAAGCCCACAGAAAGGGGGCCCCCGGCUCUGCACAUGCCUGGCCCAUGGCCCAGGGUGGACUUCCACUGGGUGCCAGUCUCAUACCCACGCACCUUUGAUGGCUCCCCAGGGCUUCUGGACCAUAUGUCCUUUUGCUUUGAGCACUAUCAGGACAACCUCACCUGCAUCUUCGAGAUCCUAGGUCACCUGAUGGACUGAGCCCAGGUGUGGGCAGCCCCCUACGUCGAUGGGGACCUGCCCCUUCCUGACAAUUAUGAGCUCUUCUGCCAGGAUCUCAAGGAAGUUGUUCAAGACCUGAACAGUUUCACUGAGUACCGUGCUGUAGCACCUUGCUUCCUGCCUCGAGCCAGCCACCAGUGGCCUCCAGAGCUGCCUGUGGUGAAGCAGUACUUAGCUAGGUACUCACAGGCCCUGGCACUCAACAUGGGUGCUGUCCCAGUUGCUGUGGCCACCCCUGCUGUUUGUAGUUCCAACUCGACAUCCAGAAAUACUCUCCCUGAACAGCAGUGGGCCAAGGAGAACAGCCCUGGGUCUGUGGAGUCCUCCAUCUUGUCUGCUUUUACAUGCAGCACUGAUCCUGGUCCUGUGGGGCCAACCUCGUCCCAGGCAGGGGAGGUGACCCCUACAUCUGUCCCUGUACCUUCAAGAUCUGCUAACCUGCCUGCUCAGAAACCAGAUCCAGUUCCACCAGGGGGUCCAGAACCCCAGAAGACAGAGGAGGAGGUUUCUGAGACAGAGGUAGACCAGGAGACAUCCUUAGGUACCCCACAGUGCGUGGUGAACACCUCAGAGGCCCCAGGAGACCUAACAGUUCCCCACUCCCCACCCCACAGCCCUGGAUUCUGCACACAGCCCAGGCAGAUGCAACAGUGCUCCUUGUGAUGGAGUGGGCUACAUAGUUGAGGACCCCCACAGCCCUUCAACAGGGUGGGGUGGCUUUCCCAGAUAUUGCUGUAUCCACUUGUUUUAUUGCUGGGCAGGAGCUGCACCUGUUUGGGCUCUGCUCUGAGCCCUUGUCUCCUUCACCACCCCACCACCUGUUAUAGCAGAAUAUUGGGCUCUAUGCUGUGCCUCUCAUCCUCUGACUUCCCCAGUGGCCCAGAAGCUGCCUCCUCAGCUGCAUUUCCACUGGUUCGACAGAGUUUCAUACAGCAGUCCUCAUCAGAUAUUUGUAUGUCUUUAUAACCGCUCCACUCCCCAGAGCCCUUUGUUCAAUGUUGGCUGGACUAGGUCUGCCAUGUCAGCCCUAUUUGGAUCUGUCCCUGGAUGGUGUCUCUGCUUUGGCCCCCUUCCCCAUCUUGGCUCCCUGUGACCUCUGUCCUCUGGGCUGGAAUUUAAGGAAGGCUGCAUGGAGGAAGCAGCCACUUUGAUCAUUUAGUAUGAGUGGGAUGGCAGAGAAAAAUGCUUCCCUAUGCGUUUACCAGCAGCCUUGGCCAACUAGGGAGGUGAGAUACAGACCUUGCCAGUCUAAUUCAGUGUCAGGCAUUUUCCCCUUUUGUAUAUUAAGAUUGCAGUUAUGCCUGGUUUUCUUCAGAAGUUGGCAUGAAUUUCUGUGUCUCCGUGCCUUUGCCCAUGUUGCCCUCCCACUUUCUGCUCUUCAGCAAUCCCUGCCUCCCUGCCCACUCUUACACAUUGCUGACUCAGCACUUAAACCAUAACGCUAUAAAUGACUUGUAUCUUUGGGUAGACUAUGAGCCCCUAGGGCAGGGGCUCCAUCUUGAUCAGCUUUGCAUCCCUGGUACACAAUUUGGUACUCAUUAAACAUAUGUUGAAUUUAUGGCUCAGCUUGUGGUGUGGUGGCUGCUGAUGAGCAGACCCUUAUUUUGUUAGCCAGAACACUGUUGCCUGUUCUGUCGGGAACAGGCUAGGCCCUAGCCAUGAGUGCUCUAGGUCGGUGUUGGAGGUGUGGUUUCUGGUGGGGGCUUUGAGAAUUGAAGAGUCUGGUUGAAGGACGGAGUUAGGACUGGCAGGUAGAGUGUGGUUUUGAGAACUGACUUCCUAGAGCUGGAGGUGAAGUGAGGAGCAGGCAGCAGACCAGAGCUAUGAGGCCCAGGGGCCAGAGGAUUGGAAUGAAAAAAGACCUGUACUGUACAAGGAUGGGUUUUCUAAUAAUGAGAACUGGGCUCAGAAGCUCCCUUAAACCAAAUUUAACACAGGAUGGGUACAGUGUAUCUACCCAGAGGAACAAUUAGAUAAGAGUGUCAAGUCUCUUCAGUUUUAUAAUUGUGAAACACUUUCCUGGAAAGUAGGAAGAAAAAAUAAAUGGAAAUGUGAACUGCUACUAAAACUAGUUAUUUUAGAGAAAAAUUAGUAAUAAACAUCUGGUAAAAAUUUUUAAAAUAGACAUGUUGGGAUUAUUCAGUAAUUGUCACUUUAAAAGGUUCUGGGUUCAGAUGGUUUUAUGCGUGAGCUAUUUUAAGGCACAGAUGCCUUGUAAAUAAAACAGUUGCAAGUCUUAGAAAUAAGUGGGAAGCUGAUAUAACCCUAAAAGCAAACAAGCAAGCUAACAGAAGAAAUCACUGUGCAGCCUUGAUUCUGAUCAAGUGUGGGAAAUCCCUGCACAUUGUAACUCAGCCCCAGAUGCACUGCUGCCCCUCCACACUAUUGCUCAGUUCUGGACCCUCCUUUUUCAAACCCAGCUCAGACUGCUUCCCACCCCCACCCACUGGCCUACCAGUGGGUCUGAUAUUGUUGACCAUAUCUUUUGAGUUGGUAAGAUGUCUCUGACAAGAG